AUGAAAUUGGAGACGUGUAUGUAUUCAGGAUACAAGAUAUAUCCAGGACACGGAAAACGUGUUGUCCGUCCUGAUGGGAAGGUCCAGAUAUUUCUUUCCGCAAAGGCGUUCAGAUCAACUAAGCUCAAGCGUAGCCCAAGGGAUAUUCGUUGGACUGUUCUGUAUCGCAUUAAGCACAAGAAAGGAUCGUAUGGACAAGAAAGUGUGCAGAAGAAAAAGGUGAAGAAGACCGUGCAAGUUCUUAAUCGUGCUGUUGCGGGGAUGACACUGGAAGCAAUCUUAGCUAAGCGAAAUCAAACCUCUGAUUUUCGACGUCAACAACGUGAACAGGCUGCUAAGGCCGCUAAGGAAGCAAACAGAGCAGCCAGGGCUGCUAAAGCUGCUUUGAAUAAGGUUAGCGUUCAACGGAAAUGGCCUAUUAGUCGGAGUGUCCCUAAACUUCUUAGAAUUCUGCGCAUUGUUAGAGCUCGUUUUACUAUUAUGGAGAAGAAACCAGUUCCACAGAAAAUGAAGCCACCGAAACCCGUUAAAGCUGCCCCACCUCGAGUCGGGGGGAAACGUUGA